AUGUACAAUCUUCGGGUUCUUUGUCGCGAUCAGCCUCAGCGAACCAUUGCGCUGGUGACGUCAGAUCAUGUUUUGAUCUUUCAUUACAAUGCAACUAAUGCUAAGUCUUCAUCUACCGCACGCUGUCGUGUGGAGUUCCUAGAUGUUGUUUCGGCGGACUUGAAGGCAUAUCGGCCUUUGGGCGCCGGCCAUGGUACAUUGGGGCUGGUCACGCUGAACGAAGAUCUGUUUGUAUGUGUGGUUACCACAUCAUCACAGGCGGCUACUGUGAGACCUGGCGAGAGUGUUUCCAGGAUAGAUUCGGUAGACUUCUACUGUCUUAAUCAUGCCGAAUAUGAAUACGGUCUAGAAUAUGAAUCUGGGGCUCAGUUUGCCUCAGAGGAUAGAAUGGACCAGGAUGGUCGCGAUGCAGUCACUGACCAUCCAUUCCUCGCCCUGAAAAAGCUUCUCGGGGAUGGAAGUUUCUACUACAGUCUUGACUUCAACCUCACAGACCGUUUACAAGACCGGUAUGCUCAGUCAAUGUAUAAAAAUUACAAGUAUCAGGCUAACUUUGAAUUCAGCUCCGAUAAAUCAGCAGCAUUUGACAUUGAUUCUUUGGAUCAGGAUAUGCUGUGGAACUCAUACAUGAUUAAUCCUCUGCUUCUGUUCCGCAGUCAUCUACCCCCUGCAGAUAAGGCCAAGCUAGAUGCGUCUCAGCUAUUAACAUGUGUCAUCCGAGGGUUCGCCAGCACGCUGAAAAUCCCUGCAAAUAUUCCCGUACUGCCGCAAAUACGGACAAACUUCCCGUCUCUUUUGACGAUUGUCUCACGACAGUCCUCUCGUCGUGCUGGAACGAGGUUCAAUUCUCGAGGAAUUGACGAUGAUGGCCAUGUGGCCAACUUCGUUGAAUCGGAGUUGAUUCUCUGGGUUUCCCCUGGCAUUGCAUUCUCCUACGUCCAAGUUCGGGGAUCAGUACCAAUUUUCUGGGAACAAACCCCGGGUUUAAUUCCAGGCCAGCAGAAAAUCGAAAUCACUCGGUCCAGCGAAGCAACGCGACAUGCAUUCAAUCAACACUUUGAGGCACUUGAGUUGGAGUAUGGAGCUGUACAUGUGGUAAACCUCCUCAGCGAGCUCAGAUCUGGUGAGGCAGAGCUAUCGGCUAGGUACCGGCAACACAUUGCCGGAAGUUCCUUGAGAAAGAAAGAGGACCCUGGAAAAGCUGCACAUCAUAGUCUUUUGCGCCUGACAGAAUAUGACUUCCUUGCUGAGACUCGCGGUCCGGCUGGUUAUGAGGCAAGCAAUCAGAUCAAGUAUGAGUUAGCCGGUUCACUGGAUGGAUUUGCUUACUUCUUGUCCGAGGAUACUGCUCGCCCCAAUGCAUCGCUCGAUGAAAGGGAAGAUGCACUUAGUGCUUCCUCAGUUAUUCUACAACAGGAUGGUGUUUUCCGAACAAAUUGUCUUGACUGUCUUGACCGCACGAACCUUGUCCAAACCAUUAUCAGUUCGAUGGCAUUGGAAUCUUUCCUGGAUCACCAGAGUGCAAGACUCGGGACAGAUUUGCAAAUGCGCCAUUCUACCCUUUGGGCAGAUAAUGGUGAUGCACUCUCGAAGAUCUAUGCAGGCACCGGAGCUUUGAAAUCCUCGUUUACCAGGCAUGGGAAAAUGUCGCUUGCCGGAGCGCUUGCUGACGCGCGGAAAAGCGCGACUCGACUAUAUGUCAACAAUUUCACUGACAAGGCCCGACAGAGAACGAUUGAUCUUUUGCUGGGUCGGUUAGCAAAUCAACUGCCGGUUCAUCUUUAUGAUCCUAUGAAUGAUUUAGUCACCGAGGAACUCAAUCGCCGGGCGCCAGAGUACUCCUCUGCCAAGAAAAUUCGUGUUUGGGCAGGCACAUUCAAUGUGAACGGCCGGGAUGAAGGCCCGGGCACUGAUCUUACUCCUUGGCUUUUCCCCGAUGCAACUGAAUCACUUGAAGAUCCUGUGAUGUUCGUCGUUGCAUUCCAGGAAAUUGUUGAUCUGAGUCCUCAACAAAUCAUGUCGACUGAUCCAAGCACCCGGAAAGUAUGGGAGAAAGCCGUACAGGAAUGUUUAAACACACACACAAAGCUGAAUGGCACUGGAAAAUAUGUCUUGUUGAGAACUGGCCAGCUUGUGGGUGCUGCAUUGAUGAUAUUCGUGAAGUCCAAGGCACUGAAGGAGAUCAAGAACGUUGAAGGAGCGACCGGACUUUCUGGUAUUGCCGGGAACAAAGGUGGCUGCGCGAUUCGAUUUGACUUUUCCAAUACCAGCAUCUGCUUGGUGACCGCACAUCUAGCAGCCGGAUUUGCCAACUACGAUGAGCGCAAUCGUGAUUAUGAGACCAUUGAUCAGGGCUUGCGGUUCCAAAAGAAUCGAUCUAUUGCAGAUCAUGAUGUGAUCAUCUGGCUGGGAGACUUCAACUACCGUAUUGGGUUGGGAAAUCAAAUCGUGAGAGAUCUUGUCUUGCAGCAGGAAUUCCAGAGACUCUACGAGAACGAUCAGUUGAAUCUCCAAAUGACUGCUGGAAGAGCCUUCCAGUACUUUUCCGAGGGAACCAUCAACUUUGCUCCCACCUACAAGUAUGAUAUCGGGACGGAAACCUAUGAUACAUCUGAGAAAGCUCGCAUUCCUGCAUGGUGUGAUCGAAUUCUAUGGAAAGGGCCAAACCUUCGUCAAACCCACUACAACUCGGCCAAACUCUUGGUCUCGGAUCACCAGCCUGUGUGGGCCUCCUUCGAUGGCAUAAUUGAACAUGUCGAUCAAGAUCUCAAAGACAAGCUGAGACGACUGCUCUAUUCAGAGAAACAGCGUGGUUCUCUCUCGGAUUCCAUAAAUCUUUUAGAUCUGGAGGAUGAAGAAGAACCCAUGCCGCAAGGAUCUAUUGCACCUGGGCUACCACCAGCAAGCUCUGAACGGAACAGGUGGUGGCUAGAUAAUGGUGCACCCGGUAGAACAACCCUGCAACCACCUCAGGAAGGACUAGUUGCAAAUGUUCUCCGCAAACCCAAUCCUUUUUCCACUGACUCUGAGCCUGAAUGGGUCCCAACCUCGAGAAUGAUGAGGCAAGGUACUAUUGACAGAAAGCCGCCGCCACCUCCACGACGGGGUACAGGCUUGAAUGAGCAGGACGCCACGCCGGCACUGCGUAUGACAUCUUCUGGAAAAGCGCCCCCUGACAUCCCUCGAAAACCGACCUCUCUUAGUUCUCAUUCAGCCCCACGUCCCUUAGGUCUUGAUGAUCAAGGUCGUGGUUCUAUGAAGAGCAGCCCAAACCAACAAAGUGUAACUCAGGAUCUUCUCGGUGAUUCUACGGAUGGGCCAAUCGAAUGGAAACCACUCCUCCCGCAAUAA